UGGUGCGUAGCCUUAAUCCAUCGCUACGUAACAGUUGAUAACUAAAAACCAUCGCGCCAAAUUAAAACCCUUACCAACCAUUCAUCAAGGUCAUCGUCAUGCUUCGCCUAACAAAUUGCAUCUUUUUCAUGCUGAAUAUAAUGCUGAUGAUGUUUGCCAUCGCCACCCUUAGCUCCUCCCUCUACCUCCGUCAACACAGCGGCUCCGACUGCCAGAAAGUCCUGCAGAAUCCGUUCAUGAUAAUAGGAGUGUUCACAUUCGUUAUGGCUUUGAUAGGGCUAAUGGGUUCGUUCUGGAGGCUCAUCAUUUUCCUUUGGAUGUAUUCGUUUGUGGCGUUUGUGAUGGUGAUUGGUCUGAUGGCUUACAUGGCCUUCGCAUUUGUGGUUACGAAUGAAAAUGCAGGGAAGGCUUUGUCAGGGUUAGGGUUUAAGGAGUAUAGAGUUGGAGAUUACUCCAAUUGGCUGCGAAAUCAAUUUGAACAAGGGAAGAAUUGGGAAGAGAUUAGGAGUUGUUUGGUUGAUGCUCAGGUCUGCAAGAAUCUUGGUCUUGAUAUUAAUCAAGAUGCUUAUGAUUAUUAUAAGCAGCAAUUCUCUCCAGUUCAGUCCGGUUGCUGCAAGCCGCCAAGAUAUUGCGGAUUUGGGUUCAAGAAUGCAACGUUCUGGAUAAUGCCAGAAUCAGGGCCACAAGUGGAAGAUAGAGACUGCAGCAGAUGGAGGAAUACAGGAGACAAGCUUUGCUUUGACUGCAAAUCAUGUAAGAGAGGAGUUUUAGAGAAUAUUAAGAUUGAAUGGAGAAGUUUGGCUGUAAUGAAUGCAUGUCUUCUUGCUUUUGUAAUCCUUGUUUACUCAACUAGUUGUUGCACCAGAAGGAAUCUUCAAUGCCAUACCACUUGCUACAAAGAUUACUGCCCUUGAACUUCUCUUUCUUCUUUUGGUUUUUAGUUAUUAAUAUUUUAGUUCU